UCGGCCACGCUCGGCAUGGGGCUCCGGCUCCCGCUGCGCCGGAGCACCAGCUUCACCCCCGACCACCCUGCCCUCAUGGAGGUGCCCGGCCCCACUGCCCUGAAGAUGGAAGCAAACGUCCUUGUCAUGGGAGCAGACAACGUAGGGAAAUCAGCUCUAACCGUGCGUUUCCUGACCCGGCGCUUUAUUGGCGAGUAUGGAGACAUGGAAUUCAUCUACAGCCACAACCUGACUGUGGAUGGCCGAGAGAUUCUCUUACACAUCUGGGAUGUCCCCAAUUCCCAGGAGCAGGCAGAGGAUGGCUCCUCAGAGGAGAAGCGAGUCCAGUGGGCAGACAGCUUUGUCCUGGUCUACAGUAUCUGUGACCGUGCCAGCUUCAACAUCCUGCCCCUCAAAAUCCAGUUCAUCAAGGCAGCCAAGGAGGGGCAGAGCCAGGAGAAGGUGCCCAUUGUCAUUGUGGGCAACAAACGGGACCUGCACCACCAGCGGGUGGUGUCCAGCGAGGAGGGGCGGCUCCUGGCCCUCUCUUUAGACUGUGGUUUCUAUGAGGUCUCUGCAGCUGAGGCUUAUCACGGCGCCCUCAUGGUCUUCCAUGGACUGGCCAAGCUCAUCCCAGACACCAAGCUGGCCCUGAAGAAAGGUACAGGGAUCCGUGGCAUCGUCAAAACCAUGUCAGCUGUGUUUGCCCGUAAGCGAACAGACUCCCUGUGAGCCACUGCACGGAUGCUGCUGCUCUCUGUGCUGCCCAGCUGGGCCAAGCCUCCUCGCUGGGUGCCCAUGGAGAUGGUGCGUGUUUUUCCAGAAGUAUGACGGGUUGUUCCUCGCUGUCCUCCCAGUGUCAGGUUCUGGGUGUCCUGCCAUGCACAGCCAGGGCAGCCAAGCACUGUAGUGUGUUACUCUUGGCUCUGCAGUGGGGCAGUCUCAUCUCUUUGCUGUACCAGCUCUUAAGGUGCCUCCUGCUUUCUCCUUCUAUCCUCCAACACUGGAAACCACGGGGGAAUUUUGCCAAAGCCCCAGGCAGCAGCAUCUCUAGCUCCUGCAGCAGGAGCUGCCCAGGCUGUCAGCCAUUAGGGAGGAUAUCCUGCUCUUGUACAGCACAUGACUCCCUGACUCUCCAUUCCUUCUCUGGGAUCCCUACUCCUGUUCAACCCUCAUCAGGAUCCUCUUCAGUAACCCUGGAGCACCCGUGAACUGGGGAGAUGAGGUUUUCUCCACUGUGGAGGCGCUGGCAGUUCCCACGUGUGUAUCACCGUGUGAGAGUGUCCCAGAGCCCAGGACCAUCCUGCAGGACUUUGGUGAGAGCCGGCGCCUCCCAUCCCCUCUGCUUGUGAACAGUCCUGCUCACGGCCCUCUCCCCCGCAGCCUUUCAGCGAUCACAGCCCUUUCCCUUGUGCGGGUGAGUGCUGUACAGGCUGUGCCUGGGAAAAGCCAGACGCGGGGCUCGUUCCCAGGAUGGGAA